UUGGGGAGCUUUCCUUUCCUGCGGCCAGCUUGCUUUGACAGCCAACACUGGCGCAGAGUCUUGUCACAAUUUAUAUCCUUUUUAUUGUAUGUAACGAUAAUUCAUACACACACACUUCAAUAUCCUCUUCCGACAAGAAGUGGAGGACCGGCCUCGUCUAGAAUGGGGAACCGAGACGAUGAAUACGAUUUCUUGUUCAAAGUUGUGUUGAUUGGGGACUCGGGCGUAGGGAAGAGCAACCUUCUCUCCAGAUUCACACGCAACGAGUUCAACCUGGAGAGCAAGAGCACCAUCGGGGUGGAGUUCGCCACGCGCAGCAUCCAGGUGGACGGCAAGACGAUAAAGGCCCAGAUCUGGGACACGGCCGGCCAGGAACGCUACAGAGCCAUCACCUCAGCGUACUACCGGGGGGCGGUGGGCGCCCUGCUGGUGUACGAUAUCGCCAAGCACCUGACCUAUGAGAACGUGGAGCGCUGGCUGAAGGAGCUGCGUGACCACGCCGACAACAACAUCGUCAUCAUGCUGGUGGGCAACAAGAGCGACCUGCGCCACCUGCGGGCGGUGCCCACCGAUGAGGCCCGCGCCUUCGCAGAAAAGAACAAUCUGUCAUUCAUAGAAACAUCUGCCUUGGACUCAACAAAUGUUGAGGAAGCUUUCAAGAAUAUCCUAACAGAAAUCUAUCGCAUCGUAUCACAGAAGCAGAUAGCCGAGCGGUCCGCCCACGAUGAGUCCCCGGGAAACAAUGUGGUGGAUAUCAGUGUUCCACCCACCACCGAUGGGCAGCGGGGGGGCAAACUGCAGUGCUGCCAAAACCUGUAACCCACGGCAACUGGUCUACCACACCUGGGGAGAUUACUCAUUCAAAAUCGUUUUUGUCAGUUAUGUUGAGCAUUUACUUUCUCUCUGGGCACCUCCAGUGUUUACUACGAGAACGAUCGGAGGAAGUGCACUUAACAGAGCACACAGAGCACGCCGGUCCCGCCUGAUCUCUGCAUAGAGCCGUCAUCCCAGAAAGUAUGUAAUUGAAUAGAUUUUCAACGGUAAUCUCACCCAGAUUGGCUGCAUUGGCUAUUGUCCCGAAACGCGACUGAUGGUACUGCUAUGGGUUGCCACGAUGUAUAAGCUGUGAUAGCCUUAGCGGUGUAGUGUCGCCUGAGCCCCUACAACACUACCCCGCCUCGGCCCUGUGGGGCUGCUCCCCAUUGCUCCGGCUCAAGGACCGGCAUGUGAUGUCAUGCGUGAAUGAGCUUGGGUCCUGUGUCGGUGGUACCAGCAGUCCUGGUUUCGCCCCCUCUCGUCCAGUCCAUCAUCUCAAAAUUGGUCGUUAUGCUACUAAAGCUUACUUCAAUUAGUGUAAAAUAUAUUCUUGUUUUCUUUAUUUCUUUAUUUUUUAAAUGAUAGCUUAUCUGCUCACAUACAUUAUAUUAAUGCCAUGAAAUUAAAUUUUACAAUAUUAAGAUGCUGACUCAUCCGAUGUGUUUUCUAACAACACCCCAUCUGUUCCUGACGAAUAAUGAUAAGAUAGAGAACAAGGACAAAAUAUGAUGUACUUAUCAGCCUAUCCCUUUGAAAGGGUUUGUAGACCAAAUAAAAACCACUAGAUGGCAGUAUUUCUAGAUAACCUAGGCUAUGGACAGCUGGGGCAGGUGACGGGUUAGAUGAGAUGAAGUGGAGUGUACUACUUUGAAGCAAUAAGCUGUUAUUCUUUUCCAUGACCCUCUCAGACACAACACAAAAUACCACACUCCUAGCUAUAUAAGUUCAACAUAGAAAUGCCAGUCCAAACUAGAAACCCAUUCAAAGGACAAACAUAUAUUAAUUUUUAAAUAUCCUUAAAGGUUUAUCUGCACACUGUAGUAUUGAUGAGCCAGCAUUCCUAUUCUACCUCCGGAUGCCUACGGAGGUAGAAUAGGAUUGUUGCAGUGCUAUUGUGUAGAUCUAUAAUAUUGAUUGUUGAAUUGGCACCAAAUCGUAAGCACUUAAAUGCUAUUAAAUA